ACCUGUAGUAAAUGUGGUUCCUGCCUGGGGAACCGUUGUGGAUGCGCGUAUGGUCUGCGAAAUACUGCACAGUCUGUGCAUUAAAACACAGAAAUGUCCCAGUCCCCGGACACCCGCAGCCUGGUCUCAGCCUCCUCCCAGCUCAACCUGAUGGAAGUGGACUCGAUCGACGAUAAGGAGUUUGACAUUCCCCAAGUGGAUACCCCUCCCACACUGGAGAGCAUCCUUAGUGAGUUAGAGGAUGAGGAGGAACCAUUUGUGUUGGAAGACACCUGUGUGUUAAACACAGACAACAUGGAUGCCCACUCCUGUGACACCUCCUCUCUGGCCAGCUCUGACAGUGGAGACCCAGCUCACCUCAAACGAAAGAGGAGGACAGUGGAUCUGAAUGCAACCGUUCAUGGGUCCGUCCUUCGACACAGUCUGCUCAAAGGCAUCUCUGCACAAAUCGUGUCUGCUGCUGACAAAGUGGAUGCUGGACUGCCAACAGCUAUAACGGUGUCAGGUGUGAUUGCUGUGGGAACAUCUCAUGGUCUGGCUCUGGUCUUUGGCAAAGACACCAACCAGGCUCUGCGGCUCUGUCUGGGUACCAAGACAACUGGAGCAGAGUUCGGAGCUGUCUCUGCCCUUAGCAUCAACCAUGAUUGCUCACGACUUCUCUGUGGGUUUGCCAAAGGACAGAUUACAAUGUGGGACCUAGCCAAUGGGAAGCUUCUGAGAACUAUCACUGAUGCCCACCCUCCAGGGACCGCUAUACUGCACGUGAAGUUCACAGAUGAUCCAACUCUUGCAGUGUGCAAUGACAGUGGAGGAUCUGUUUUCGAGCUGGCUUUCAGGAGGGUGAUGGGGAUGCGGUCGUGUGAUUCUCGAUGUCUGUUUAGUGGCUCCAAAGGGGAGGUCUGUUGUAUUGAACCUUUGCAUGCUCCUCCAGACUUCAGAGACCAUCCUAUCACACACUACUCUCUGCUGGCUAUGGCCUCUCUCACUAAGAUUUUGGUCAUCGGACUGAAGCCCACCCUAAAAGUGUGGAUGACUUUUCCCUACAGCAAGUCUGAUCCGUCCAGUGUUCCUCAGCUGGCCUGGCAGUUUGUUCCUGUUCAGAAGACGGUCAAUCCGAUCCUGGCGUUUUGCAAAGGAGAUACAGUCCACUUCCUCCAGGUAAAGAAGGAGGAGACAGGGACCAUCCAUGUCAUCAAACAAAGACAACUCCACCUCAGCUGUGACAUCAUUAGCCUAAGUUGGAUUAACAGUCGUACACUGGUUCUGGUGGACAGCCACGAGAAACUGCAGGUUGUGGACCGGCCCAGUCAGGAGGUUUUGGAGACUCUGGACUUGGAGCAGGUGCAACUAGUCUAUAACAGCCGACAUUUCAAAUCGCUGGCCACCGGAGGGAAUGUCUCCCAGGCUCUGGCUUUAGUUGGAGAAAAGGCCUGUUACCAGUCUGUCUCCAGCUACGCAGGACAGAUCGUCUAUUUGGGCACAAAGUCUGCUCACAUCAUGACUCUAAGGAACUGGAGAGAGCGCAUUGACUGCUGGCUGAAGCAGGAACAUUUUGUUGAGGCUCUUUCUUUGGCCUGGUCCUUCCACGAAGGAACUGCUAAAGCUGUCGUUGGCCUGUUUGGUGAUCCACUGAAAAGGAAAGGAGUGGUCAGUGACAAGAUGGUAGAGAUCCUUUUCCAGUUCACAGAGUAUGCUUUGAAGAAGUGUCCAGAACAAGGCAAGAUCCAAGUCAUGGAGCAACAUUUCCAGGAUGUUGUUCCAGUCCUGGUGGAAUACUGCUUGCUGCUACAGAGGGCUGACUUACUGUUCAACCAGUUGUAUGCUCAGCUGGUGGAGAACACGGUUGCUAAAGGCGUCUUCCUGGAGUCUCUGGAGUCGUACAUUGUUGCUGACCGCCUUGGCCACCUCACCCCACCCAUUAUGAGGGACCUCCUGGCCCAUUACCAUGACAAUGGCAUGAUGGACAGCCUGGAGAGGUGCAUUGUGCAUCUAGAUGUCACCAGCCUGGACAUACAACAGGUGGUUCGAGUGUGUUGGGAGAACCAGCUCUAUGAUGCAAUGAUCUACGUUUUCAACAGCGGUAUGAACGACUACAUUACUCCAAUGGAGAAACUCUUUGCAGUCAUUGUCCCAACAUUGAAGGAAGGGAGGAGCUUAACUGAUGAAGAUGUUGUGAUGGGAAACAAACUGCUGGUGUACAUAAGCUGCUGUCUUGCAGGAAGGGCAUAUCCAAUAGGAGACAUCCCUGAAGACCUUGUGGUUCAAGUCAAGAACCAGGUGUUUGAAUUCCUGAUCCGUCUCCAUUCAACUGACUCCUCAGAGGAGGAGGAAGUUUUUCCAUUUAUUCAUACACUCCUCCACUUUGAUACCCGGGAAUUUCUCAAUGUCCUUGCCAUGACAUUUGAAGACUUUAAGAAUGACAAGCAGGCCCUUGAGUACCAGCAGAGGAUAGUGGACAUCUUACUGAAGGUUAUGGUGGACAACCCAGACUUUACUCCUUCCCAGGUCGGUGGACUCUUCACCUUUCUGGCUCGACAAUUGGCCAAACCAGACAACACACUUUUUGUCAACAGGAAGCUCUUUGAUCAGGUUCUGGAGUUCCUGUGUUGCCCAGAUGAUGACUCCCGGCACACUGAGAGGCAACAGGUUGAAGUUCUGCUGGAGCUGUUGCAGGUCGGAGGUGUGGUCCAGUUUAAUGAAGAAAGGCUGCUCACUUUGGCAGAGAAGGCCAAGUUCUACCAAAUCUGUGAAUUUCUUUAUGAGAAGAAGCAUCUGUAUGACAAGAUAAUUGAUUGCUACCUGCAAGACCCCCUCAGAAAGUGGGAGAUCUUUAGCUACAUCCACAAUCUGCUGUCCAUGCCCGGCUACAGCCCUGAGGAGAAACAAACAGUCAAGAACAAAGCACGGCAACAUAUGCAGGAGCUGAUAACCCUCGACCCCAGCAAAUCAGCUGACCUUGUGCUGUUUCAUUUUGUGGAUGAGGUGCAGCAAAUCAUCUCUGAGCUGCAGGAUGACCAGAUACUUUUCAAAUUCCUCAGCUGCCUCUUGGAACCAAGGGAAGGCCCUCAUUCAGAGUCCCUCCUCCCUGUGGAACGUGACCUCAAUGAGCUUCUGCUGGACUUACUGUGUCGUUUUGCACCCCACCAGCUUCUGAGCUUCCUCCACACCUCCCAGCACUACAGGCUGGAAGAAGCCAUACAAAUAACAGAGAAAUACCACUGCAAUGAAGCUAGAGCCUAUCUACUGCAGAAGAAAGGAGAUGUUCAAGGAGCCUUUGCUGUCUUGUUAGAGACACUGAACCAAAAACUAUGUCUCCUCACUGCUGAGACUGACGGAGGAGUUGAAGGAGAAAACAGAGGUCAGAAUAAGGACGAGGAAGACAGUGAAUCAACGCUAACAAGAGUAAAGGAUUCACUGAACGACAUCAUCGUCUUCUGUCAUCAAAGUUGCCAGAACCUUGACCAGCCACAAAGAGAGUCUCUCUGGUUUCCACUUCUGGACUCCAUGAUGGCUUCUCAGAAACAAGUGAAAGGCCACAAUGCCAAACACAUCUCUGACGUGCUAAAGGAGCUGACGAUGGAGGUUCUCAACUGUAUGAGCAGCUUUAUUUCUUUGCCUGCCAUAAUUCAGCAAAUAUUGCAGGACCCCGUCUAUGGCAGAGGGAAGUUAGCAGAGAUUCAAGGCCUCAUUCUGGGGAUGCUGGACACUUUUAACUAUGAGCAGACAUUACUCGAAACAACCACCAGUCUGUUGAACCACGACCUCCACUGGUCCCUGGCUCACCUACGUGCUGCCGUCACACGAGGACUCCACCCACGUCAAGACUACUGUAACAUCUGCCUCCAGCACUACAAGAGGAGGCAAGAUUCAGCAGAGGAGAUCAUUGUGUUCAGCUGUGGCCACCUGUACCACUUUCAGUGCCUGCAGCAGAAGAACUGUGGGUGGGGAUCUGCUGCAGAGGUCCAGCAGCGGUGGAGGUGCUACAAGUGUUCCUCCAGUCAGGGAGGAAGGAGUGGAAUUUCCUCUGAACCAAAGAGAAGCCGCAGCACAUCUCUUGCUCAGACUCAUCUUACAUCAGUGCAUCAUGACGGAGGAGCGGUGGCUCACAGGAAGAAGGUGUUUGUUGAGGCAACGUUGGACCUUCAGCAGGAGCAGUCCUGGGAUCAGAUACGUUCUUUAUACCAAGGACCAUCCAGGUUGUCUAUCCUUUCAGAGCUCUCCCACGGUCACAGCCAUGGGAAACCGGCUUUCUAAACACAGCACUAUCAGGAGCAGAGAGUUUCCAGCUAAAACUCUCUCCUCCCCCUCUUUUGAAGAAUAGCACCAUGACCCGUUGAGGGGGGAAAAAAUCUAUUUCAUUUGUCCUGAUGUCUUUGUAUGAUUGGUUAACGGCAGAAUCUACUUGAGUGGAAAUUGUAGUUGUCCACUGCUUUUUUUUAUAGUGUAUGAUCUGAUGUUGUAUUACUUUCCAAAUGUUUGUUUUAAAAAGCUGUUUAAUAUAGAUAAUAUUGACUCUGAUAAUUCUAAUCAGUGCACUUUUAAUUUCAUCAGUUGUUGAUGUACUACAGCUCGCUGAACCUUUGUAACAUAACCAAGAAUCACCUAACAGAACUGCAAAGAAUGUCAACGCCUUAUUUUGCUUUAACAUUCAGGAUUGUUUAUUUACCUGGAGGUACAAGAUGCAUCUCACACUACAGCCAGACUGGCUGUUGAGAUUCUGAACUCAACAAAUUCAAUCAUUUUAAUAAGGAACACUCAGUGGAGGCCUGUUUUGCACUAAGAGGGAGUUUUGUUUUAUUUUUAAAGAACAGGACAGGUAAUUUACCUUGAUGAUGGUUAGUCUAUAUUAUCUAGUUUUAUGGGUUACUGGAUUCUUAAAAGUAACCUGCUUUAAACUCUGAGUUUUGAGACUUUUCAGACAGAAAACUGGAAGAAAUCAAAAUCCAGUUUAUUAGAUGGUUAUCACUGAACCCAUUUUUUGUUGUUUAAAUUUCACCUUUUCAUGAAAUCCAGAUUUAGUGAGUUUACUGUUUGAACGAGCUACAAAGGAGGAUUUUUGACGUUGUGCUCUAAAUAUUUGGUGACUCCGCUAAAUAAAUCAACAGACAUGCUGUAUUAACCUUA